GUGUGGCCUUGAGAUCAUCAGUGAACUCUCCUCUGUUCUUCCGUCCUUAUUGCUUCAGGGAAAUAAUUAUACCCCUACUCAGGGUCAAGGUGGGAUUUGAUAUUAGGUAAAUAUACAACUUUCCCAGUGCCUGGCACAUAGUAAAUGUUCAGUGAGUAGAUUAUUGUCCUGCUGUAUCCUUCUGCACAUUCCAUGCUGGACUCUUUCUUCAUGUCCCAGAAAACAUGUAGGGCACUGAGAUCACUCAGUCCAGCAGUAGAAGGCCCAGGAAUGUGACAUGGAAUUCUGGAUCCUCUUUCCUUCUUUGGGCCACACUUUGACAAUCCUGGAAAGACUGAUGUGAAGCCUGCAGCUUCUGAAGGUGCCAACCACCAAGAGCAGCAUGGAGCUCUUAUACACAAAGUCCUUCUAGCAGAGUGCAGCCCACUUCUCCCCUCCACCUCCUGCUUUCCAUCGUGAUGACAUCACCCUGGGGAAGAGAAGCAGUGCAGAGCUUCUCACUCUCAGGAAAGCCUCUUCUCCGCCAAGACCAUGAAGCUCUGUGUGGCUGUCCUCUCUCUCCUUGUGCUAGUGGCUGCCUUCUGCUCUCCAGCGCUCUCAGCACCAAUGGGCUCAGACCCUCCCACUGCCUGCUGCUUCACUUACAUCCCAUGGAAAAUUCCUUGCAACUUUGUGAUGGAUUACUACAAGACCAGUAGCCUUUGCUCCCAGCCCACCAUGGUAUUCCAAACCAAAAAGGGCAGACACGUCUGUUCCAACCCCAGUGAGGCCUGGGUCCAGGACUACAUGAAUGACUUGGAGCUGAACUGAGCCACUCCAGGGACAGGGGCAGCAGGUCUCCAGGAAAGGUACCUGAGCCUGACACUUCUCACUGAGACACACCCUCUCCAUGUUCAC